UGAAGGUUGCUUUUUAGCAGCUAUGGCCGUCUCAAAGCAAGUCCUGGUUUAUUACUGGAUUUCACUCGGUUUGAUUCCGCUUACAACUUGUACGGAGGAAAACGGACAGGAUUAUGGAAGGAGAUUUCUGGAAAGUCACGAGGGAAUAGUGUACGAGUUUGUUCAAGAACCCAUGCCGUGGGUUGAAGCCCGAGAGAGAUGUGAAACGCAAGGUGGACAUCUUCUGAGGGACUUGAAUGAUGAGAUUAAGGAGCUCUUACGACGGCAGCUCUCAGAAACUGGACCGUUGUGGGUCAGUCGGGACGUGAUGUACACAAACUCCAUCAGGGGAUUUGAGCCAACAACGCCAGUCUCAUAUUCCCCUCUUAAAGAUGAUGGCAGUGAUGUAAAUAAAGCUGUAUUUGCUUGCUCUUAUAUGGUCAUUGAUCCAUUUCAGCUGGUGAACACACCCAACUGUUCUGGGAGCUUCGGUUCUCUCUGCCUGAGAGAUGAAGGAUCAGAUUUCACACACCUGAAGAGAAGCCGCAGAAGUCUUACUGACAUACUAACGUCAAUGGCAGGCCUUUUAUCUACUACUCAGCUGUUGGAGAACGCCAAACAAAUGUUGAGUGAUUUGGAGACGACAACGGAACCACUGCCAAAGGAAAAGAGGCUCCAAUUCCUGCAAAACAUAUAUGAUCACCUUCUACAAUCCGAUGUUACGGAUAAAGACAAGCUUGCUGAGAUUGCCAACAGCACUGCAGCCAUGCUUUUGUUCUCGCAAGAGUGUGGAACUGACAACAUGGAUGGUCUUGAGGAUAUCAUUUCUCUUGCGGGACACAUUUACGUGAAGACUCUCGCCACCAACGGGAACCUUGUCAUGGAACUUCCAACAGGCACCAUUUAUGUCACCAGUCAAGACUCAAGCACCCUGGGAGGACAGAUGCUCGGCUCAAGGGAUGGAGGAUAUUGCCAACUUCCAUCUCUUUCUUCAAUGACUAAACAGCUGCCCUCUGGGAAAGUCAACCUCCAGCUUUUCCACUUUAAAGAGAAUCCAACAGAUCUGAAGUCCAACGAAACCAUCACUGGAACAACUUGCAGCUUUUCUUUGCAACAGGGAAACACUUCAGUCAAAUUCACAAAUCUCCCAGAGAACAUCGAGAUAUAUCUGCCUCGGCCUGGAGCGCCUCAGCCCGAGGUUGUGGAUAUAACCUGGAAACAAGGGUACGCCGUCACCUCAACGUUCAACAUCUCAGACGCAAACGUGACCGUAAUUGCUACAGCAAUACCAAACCAAAACAUAAGUCUCAGAUUUACACUGUUCCCGCCCGAUGCGGCAAACACCACCAUUUCCAAUCAAAGCACGAUUGUGACCUACAAAGAUGGUUAUCGCUGGCUGAUCACCCCGGAAAUGAUACAGCGAGUCGAUGGGACUUGGAAGGUGUCAGUAUUGCCACAUAAUUACACAUCAAGUGGAACGCUGACCUUUAAAGUCUCCGUUUUUGUAACUAAGUGCCUGUUCUGGGACCAGGAGCUUGGAGACUGGAGUCGAGAGGGCUGCAUGGUCGGUCCCAACACAAUGCCGAAUCUAACUCACUGCUUGUGCAACCACACCACGUUCUUUGGGAGCUCCUUCUUUGUGAUGCCCAACCAAGUGGACCUGUCCCAGACGGCAGCUUUGUUUUCCACAGUAAAUGAGAACUAUAUCGUGGUGUCGUUGCUCAGCUGCUUCUUCGCACUUUACCUCGUGGGUGUAAUGUGGGCCUGGUACGCCGACCGCAAAGCUCUGAGAACGCGUAAGAUGACUCUCUUGGAGGACAAUCAUCCGUGCGCCCAAUACAACUACCUUUUAUAUGUGCAGACCGGCCACAGAAGAGGGGCUGGCACCACUGCUAAGGUGAUGAUGACCCUCCAGUUCAGCGAAGGAGAGAGCGAGUCUUACCGCAUGUCUGACCCCGAGAAGCCGAUGUUUGAGAGAGGAGCCGUGGAUGUGUUUCUGCUCAGUAUCCCCUUCUCUCUCGGAGAACUGCAGAGCAUUGAGAUAUCGCAUGACAACUCGGGCCGAAGCCCUGAUUGGUACUUGGAUAAAGUGCAGGCGCAGGAUCUACAGACGAUGGAGGUCUCACACUUUCUGUGCUCCUCCUGGCUGAGAGGCGAAACCUGCAAGAGGACCUUCAACUCAGCCAAGAUGAAUGAAAUCGCAAGCUUUGGGAACAUCUUCCAGACCCGGACAUCUUCCGGCUUCCGGGACGAGCACAUCUGGGUGUCGAUCGUGGACCCGCCCCGGCGCAGUCCUUCACCCGCGUGCAGAGGGUCUCGUGCUGCAUGUUCUUUUGAGCUGACGUGGCAGGAGUUCAUGGUAGCCGUAGAGAGCGGCCUUUUCAUGUUUCCCAUCAACAUCCUCAUCAUUACUAUCUUCAGACACAUCAAACCACGCAUUCUCUCGAAUAAAGACAAGGCUGACUCCUCCAAGAAAACUAAAGCAGCUGCUGCCAUAUCUAUGAACACCAUCAUGAAGGAAACCAUAGGACUGUUAAAUCAUCUGAGCAAAAGCCCAAAAAACAAUCUGGCUGCCAAAGAGAUACGGCCUGAGACGAGUGGUGAUUUUUUCUGGGCCCUGAAUAAAGUGCAUGACGUCCUUCAGAUCAUGCAAGGUUCCUUGAUCA